CGCGUCACAUAUAGCAUGGCAGAAGAGGAUGUAAAGCACAGCUCGCCAUCGAAUCUAUCACUGGACCAAGGUUACUCUUCAGGAUCGGAAGGUCAAAGGAUACAAGAGAAGGACACAAAGAAGAACACAACAUGGAGGCGCAUCUACAAUGUCAUAACAUACACACCACCAAGAUGUCGCUGGGACCCGGAGAAGCCACCAGCAUUUAGCAUGGCAUUGAAUGUACUGUUCGGCUUCGCUGGUGCUUUCACAGUCGCCAAUCUCUACUACAGUCAUCCCAUCCUUAAUAUUCUAGCGGAUGAAUUCGAUGUGCCUUAUGAGAAGGUCUCACAAAUCCCUACUGUCAUGCAGGCAGGGUAUGCAGUUGGUCUCUUGUUCUUGUGUCCCUUAGGCGACCUCUUACCGCGAAGACCAUUUGUCCUGUCACUUGUAUUCUUUACUGCAACCAUGUGGAUUGGUGUUUGCAUAACACAAAAUCUGGCCGUCUUUACUGCUAUCUCUUUUAUCACCGCUGUAACUACUGUUACACCACAGCUUAUGCUUCCUUUGGUUGGCGAUCUCGCACCUCCCAGUAAGAGGGCAGCAUCUCUGUCGAUUGUCACAUCAGGUCUCCUGUUAGGAAUGUUGAUAGCUCGACUCUUGUCUGGUGUACUCACUAACUUUACCUCAUGGCGCAACAUUUACUGGUUGGCUCUAGGACUUCAGUACGCCAUUUUCGCCUUGCUCUGGUUCUUCAUGCCAGAUUAUCCCUCGACCAAUCCCAACGGCAUCAGUUACUUUAAAAUCCUCUGGUCGAUCAUCGAGAUGCUCUUCAAGGAACCAGUGCUAGUGCAGGCCUGCUUUAUCACCUUCUUCACAGCUGCAACAUUCACAUGCUUCUGGACGACAUUGACCUUCCUCCUGGCAGGGUCACCAUACAAUUACGACUCCUUGACCAUCGGCCUAUUCUCUCUCAUCGGCAUUGCGAGUAUGUUCAUCGGACCGGUGUGGGCAAAGUAUGUUAUCGAUCGCUUCGUCCCGUUGUUCUCUGUGAUCCUGGGCGAGUGCUGGUGCAUGCUAGGCAUUUGCAUCGGAACCUAUACUGGCCGCAUCACGAUUGCAGGACCAGUCAUUCAAGCCUUCUUCAACGACUUCGGUUUGCAGACAGCACAGAUUGCCAACAGAAGUGCCAUCUACAGCAUCGCACCCAAAGCGCGCAACCGCGUUAACACAGCCUUCAUGGUUGCGACAUUCUGCGGUCAGCUUGUCGGUACGGCUGCAGGAAACCACCUCUACGCACGAGGCGGAUGGAUCGUAUCAGGCAGCUACAGUGUUGCCAGUAUCGGUGCCGCAUUGAUCUGUUGUUUUGCACGCGGUCCUUGGGCGGAAGGAUGGUUCGGGUGGGGAGGGGGUUGGAGUGUUUACAAGAAAAGUGCUCAAAGUGCUGACGGAAAGGCGGAAGAAAGGCAAACCAUGGGAGCUGUCGAAGCCAACAGUAACAUUGUCCAAGAUCCAGAAAAGGGCGAGACGCAGCAAGAGCGAGUCAAUGAAGGUCACGUACUCGAGAAAGGCAUUGAGAUGCUAGGUGCCGAAGACGGAGAAAACCCUGUACGAGAGAUAAAGGAUCACGAUGAGGACGGGGCAAAGAGGACCCUCAGCCAGGAUAGAGAUCUGGUCUUACCCGUAAGGGACACGUAG